AUGAUGAUACUGCCCCACAGCAUGAGGCCGCUGCUGCUGUUCCUGGUUUCCCAGAUGGCCAUCCUCAUUCUGUUCAUCCAUAUAUACAACCUCAACUUCAACUCCCUGUCUACGAGGGAGGAGCCCAAGCCCAAGCCCAUGCACGUGCUGGUCCUGUCUUCCUGGCGCUCUGGUUCUUCUUUUGUGGGGCAGCUUUUUGGGCAGCACCCGGAUGUCUUCUACCUGAUGGAGCCUGCCUGGCAUGUCUGGAUGACCUUCAAACAAAGCACCCCCUGGAGCCUGCAUAUGGCAGUGCGGGAUCUGAUACGGUCCAUCUUUCUCUGUGACAUGAGUGUCUUUGAUGCCUACAUGAAACCUGGUCCCCGAACCCAGUCCAACCUCUUCCAGUGGGAAACCAGCCGGGCUCUGUGCUCCCCGCCUGCCUGCAGCAUCUUCCCGAGGGAUAUGAUCAUACCCCCUGCUCACUGCAAGCUCCUGUGCAGUAAAGAGCCCUUUGAGAUGGUGGAGAAGGCCUGCCGCUCCUACAGCCACGUGGUGCUCAAGGAGGUGCGCUUCUUCAACCUGCAGGUGCUCUACCCACUGCUCAGGGACCCUUCCCUCAACCUGCACAUUGUGCACCUGGUCCGGGAUCCCCGGGCAAUGUUCCGUUCCCGAGAACACACUGAAAAAGAACUCAUGAUUGACAGCAAAAUUGUGAUGGGACAGGAGCAGCAGAAACUCCAGGACAACGACCAACCCUACUAUGUAAUGCAGGUCAUCUGCCAAAGCCAGCUGGAGAUCUAUAAGGCUGUGCAAACCUUGCCCAAAGCCCUCAGGCGACACUACCUGCUUGUGCGCUAUGAGGACAUCGUCCGGAACCCCCUGGCCCAGACGGCCCGAAUGUAUGAAUAUGCAGGGUUGAAAUUCUUUCCCCACCUCCAGACGUGGGUGCACAACAUCACUCGAGGCAAGGGCACGAGUAGUUACUCCUUCAAAACAGAUUCCAGGGAUGCCCUCAACACUUCCCAGGCCUGGCGCUGGUCCUUGCCUUACAGAAAGGUUUCUCAACUUCAGAAAGUCUGUGGUGAUACUAUGAAGUUGCUGGGCUACCAUCUCGUCGGAUCUGAGCAAGAGCAGAGAAACCUGUCGCUGGAUCUUCUGUCUACCUGGACCCCUUGA